UUUGAGAAGAGUAACAAUGGUGAGUGGUUGUGAGAAUCAAGCACCUGAAAAGCUUCAGGGAAAGUAUCAAGCAAUGGCUGUUUGCUAUAUUCUUGGAGUCGGAACUAUCAUUUCUUGGAACAGUAUGCUCACAAUUGGAGAUUAUUACUACUACGUUUUUCCGGAUUACCAUCCUUCAAGGGUACUUACAGUAGUAUAUCAACCUUUAGCACUUGGAACAAUCAUGAUUUUCGCAUACCGUGAAUCAAAAAUCAAUACCCGAAAGCGUAACAUGAUCGGUUACAUGCUAUCCACAAUAUCCACAUUCUUGCUCAUCGUUUUGGAUUUGGCAACCAAAGGACACGGUGGGAUGUUACCUUACAUUGGUUUAUGCGCAAUCGUUGCUUUGUUUGGACUAGCGGACGCUACUGUACGCGGAGGAAUGAUGGGAGACUUAUCAUUCAUGUGCCCUGAACUCAUCCAGUCAUACAUGGCCGGUUUGGCUAUAUCUGGUGCUCUAACAUCAGCAAUUAGGCUAAUCACUAAAGCAGCAUUUGAGAAAUCACAUGACGGUCUACGAAAAGGAGCAAUGAUAUUUUUAGCAACCGCAACACUCAUAGAGUUUCUAUGCGUUAUUCUAUACGCGUAUGUGUUCCCGAAACUUCCUAUUAUUAAGUACUACCGAAGUAAAGCCGCUUCUGAAGGAUCACAGACUGUUUCUGCUGAUCUUGUUGCUGCUGGUAUCCUCAACCAAUCAGAAUCGACUAAUGAUUCCCAGAAUCAAAGGCUAAGCAACAAAGAGUUGUUGCUUCAAAACAUAGACUAUGCAAUGAAUAUUUUCCUCCUCUACCUUUUGACAUUAUCCAUUGUUCCCGGGUUUUUAUAUGAGAACACGGGACAACACGGACUAGGCACAUGGUACGCGCUUGUCCUAAUAGCGAUGUACAAUUGUUGGGAUUUGGUUGGAAGGUACACACCGUUGGUAAAAUGGCUCAAAAUUGAGAAUAGAAAAGGACUCACAAUUGCGGUUUUGUUGCGUUUUUUCCUUAUUCCGGCAUUCUACUUCACUGCGAAAUAUGGUGAUCAAGGAUGGAUGAUUAUGCUCAUUUCUAUCUUGGGACUGACUAAUGGACAUCUUAGUGUUUGCAUUCUCACUAUAGCUCCUAAAGGCUACAAGGGUCCGGAGCAGAAUGCGUUAGGGAAUUUAAUGGUAAUGUUUCUGUUAGGAGGAGUAUUUGCCGGAGUUGCCUUGGAUUGGUUAUGGCUUAUUGGUAAGAAGAAUGUCUUUUGAGUUAUGAACAAGAUUCUUGAUCACAUUAAAAAAAAAAAAAAAAAUUAUGAGCAUUU